CCUUCCCUCCUCCCACAGCUAGCCUCGCCCCUCUCGCGGCCUAGCACGAGAUGAACUGCUCCUUGCUCAAGGCGGCGGCGGUCGCCGUGGUCGUGGCCGUCCUGGCGGCCACGGCCGGCGCAAACUCCUUCGUCUCCGCCCCGCCUCUCCCCUCAGUUCUCUCGUCCCCUCCCUGCGUCCUGUGGAUCGCCGCCAACGUCAUCGUCGUCUGGCUCUGGCUCGUCCCCUCCUACCGCCACCGCGGAGCCGCCGUCGCGGCUGUACUCUCGUCCACGGCCAGCGACGUGUCCGCCCUCAUGGGCGGCAUGCUCUUCCCUUCGUCCGAACCCGACGUCUUCGCUGCCGCUCCUGACGCCGUCGUCGCGCCGCCAGCGCCGGUCUGGACGAGCAGGCCGCGGGACGCGAGAACGGCAAAGAUCAGGCCGGUCGACCGCGCCCGCGUGCGCAAGAAGCCCGCUGGCGAGGGCAAGGCCGGAGGCGCCGCCGCGGAGGCCAAGAAGGAACGCAGCCAGGAGGAGAAGCCGAGGCCCUCUGCCGCCGCGACCGAGGCCGUUGGCGUCGACGACAUGUCGAUGGACUCGGCGUGGCAGUCCAUCGUGAGGAGCGGCGCGGCGCGGCCGGUGGCCGUGCGGAAGAGCGAGACGUGGGGCGGCGAGGAGCUGCCGCGGAUGCGGCGCGCGGCCGACAAGGCGGUGGUCGCGCGGAGGGAGAUGCGCAAGUCGGCCACGAUGGUCCCGCCCUCCCCGCCGCACCCGGCCUCCGCGUCGUCCCCAGUGGCGGCGAGGCAGGGGUGGCGCACCAGGGACGUGCUGGGGAUGGCGCAGGACGAGCUCCUCCGCCGCGCCGAGAGCUUCAUCCGGAGGCAGCACGAGCACCUGCGCAUCCAGCGCCAGGAGUCCGAGCAGCGCCAGGCCGUCGAGCACGACCGCCGCCGCCCUGCUCCUAUCCGCGUCUAGUGGCCGGCCAGCUCCACGCCGCCACAUGCAUCGCCUAUGCACGCGCACGUACGUACGUGCAGGAUGGACGCACGCGUCCAUGCACGUACGGAAGACUGUACAAAAAAGUUGGUCAGCCAGCUAGCUACUAGCAUCAUCAAGAGACAAAGUUGCCGCCAUUGCAUGCCUAGAUGGAGCGAUGGAAGUACAGCGCAGGUAGAGGAGGAGGAUCCGGCCAUGGCUGUCUACGCCGCAGCACACUGAAGCAGUACUGGUCUGGUCAUGCACCGCGUCCUGCUAGCUAUUCGAUCGAUGUAGAUUAAAUUCGCAUGUAAGAUUAUGUUUGAGUGAGAAAUCAGCGCUACAUGUAAGUUAAUCAACUUCUAAAUAAAUGAAGAGUGACAGCCGUUUCUUUGUUCUUUGGUA